UUCGUUGGCCGAGAAUUGCUCUGGUUAACAUUAACAUAAGCAUUUAAAAUUUCCGUUUCUUCAGAUUUUUCUGAAUGGAAAGUAUUACACAGGUGAAUACAUGUCAUGAAAAUGUGAUGGAAUUAGGAGAUUAUUAUCGUUCUUAAUCUUUGAUGAAACCAUCGUGCAGGCUCAUUCAUGUUCCUGGGUGCAUCAUUGUUGGUUUGAUGGGGCUGAUAGUGGAAAUUCCUCUUUACACAGCUAUUGCAAUAGUAAAGAGUCCUUACAUGUUGUUCAAGGGAUGGCAUAGAUUAGUACACGAUUUGAUCAGCCGGGAAGGCCCAUUUUUAGAAACAGCUUGUGUUCCAAUUGCUGGUUUGGCAAUCCUUAUGUGGCCGCUUGUUGUUAUUGGGAGCAUCAUAAUGGCUAUAUUUUCAAGUUUUUUCAUAGGAUUAUAUGGAUCCGUUAUAGUGUACCAGGAAAGGUCCUUCCGAAGAGGUGUUGCUUAUGUCAUUGCUAUGGUUGCUGAAUUUGACGAGUACACAAAUGAUUUGCUCUAUCUUCGUGAGGGGUCAAUCCUUCCAAAGCCCCGAUACAGGAAGAAAAGUAAAUCCAGUUCUGAGUUUUCUGUUCAGCAAAAUCACUCCUUACAUGGAAAUUACAGUGCUGUCUUCACUGAAGCUCCUUCAAUCAUCGUGCCAAACCUUAUAGCAUCAAGAUCUGUUCGGGAGGCAAUACAUGAGGUGCCAAUGGUGCAGGUAUGGGGAAGCACAAUGAGACUAUGCGAACAGAGAGGCAAGGAACUAUUGGAUGCAAAUGUCAUAACAACUGCUGACCUCAAUGAUUGGUUGAAGGCAAAGAAAACAAACGAUGCGUCCAUUGUUGCUGUUGGAUUGCCCUGUUUUUCAUUUUUGCAAACAAUGCUGCACUCGAUCAAAUCUGGCUCCAAUGGGCUACUGCUUUUGGAUGAUCUUGAGAUCACCCAUUUGAAUCGGCCCCAGAGCAGAUUGUUGGACUGGUUUUUCCAGCCUGUGAUGGUCCUCAAAGAACAAAUCCGAGUCCUUUCUUUGGAAGAGGGCGAGAUACGGUACCUGGAGAAGUUGAUUCUCUUUGGAAACAAUAAAGAACACCUUAAGACUUGGGAAAAUGGUAGUUUUAUUCCUGAAGACCCUGUCAGAGCUGCUCGAUUAGAUGGUAUCGGUCGCAGGAUGUUGGGAAUGUCUAGAAGUGUUUCCAAGUUUCCAACUUACAGAAGGAGAUAUCGGCAGGUUGUUAAGAACUUGAUACAUUAUUCAGCUGCAAAGGAUGCUUCUUGUUCAUUAGCAAAGGAGGGUUCUAACAGAUCCAUUACUUGUUCUGCAACUAAGGAAGGCUCCAACAGAUCCAUUACUUGUUCUGCAUCUAAGGAAGGCUCCAACAGAUCAAUGUCUACAAGAUCAAUUGGUUCCAUUGAUAUCGUCUGAGAGAUAUUUAUCUGGUUGAAUUCUUUCUUCUUUUUCGAUUUUCUGAUGCUGUACAAUAGCUACUGUAGUCCUCUAGAUCAUAUUGGCUUGUAAAGUUUUUGUUACACGCUGUUUUUUGAGUCAAAAACUUAGUCGAAUGUAUAUGAAGAGAAUGUACAGUGGGCAAACACGCUUGGUGUUCAUUUUGUAUGUGAAUCUUUUGAAUGCUCCAUAGGAAAUAUAUGUAAAUUUUCAUCCUCGAA